UAUACAAAAAAAACAUAACCUACUUGAUUUAUUGUUUCCAGUCCUACAAUAAAAAUGAACAUUUUUAAAACCGUACACCGCUGGAAACUAUCCAAAUUCUCGCAGUAUUCUACAGCAACAAAAAUGAAGGCGUGGCAAAUUCACUGCUAUGGGGACAUACAAGACUUGCAACUGACUAAUGCGAGAAUUCCACUUAUAGAAAAUCCAGAGGACUUGCUAAUAAAAGUGAAUGCUGCAUCAGUGAACCCUAUCGAUGUUGUAAUGACUAAGGGAUACGGUAAAACUCUCAUUAACUUAAUGCGUGAGCAUGACUUGGAAUUUCCAUUAACAUUAGGAAGGGACUUUUGUGGUACCGUUGUGGACAAAGGUCACAAUGUUAGCAACAAAUUUAACAUCGGUGAUAACGUGUGCGGUGUAAUUGCGGUGCACAAACAAGGAUCCCACGCUGAACAUGUUAUUGCAAACGAGUCCAAUAUUUUCCAUCAACCCAAACAUUUGACUGCUGUUGAGGCUACAUCUCCGUUAUAUGCCGCCAUGACUGCGUGGUCUGCACUUUACGUGACCGGCGAACUGGCUUUGCGGAAACCGGAAUCUGCUAGAAUACUUAUAUUGGGUGUCUCCGGUGGUGUUGGUACUGUUGCUGUACAAAUGUUAAAGUCUCAACGUGCUACUGUCAUGGGUACGUGUUCAUCUGACGCUAUUCCACUAGUACAAUCAUUAGGAAUCGAUGGUGUGUUUGAUUACACCAAGCCUGAUUUUAAUACAUCUAUAAGCUCUGAACCGAAGUUCGACAUAAUCCUAGAUUGUGCCAAAGUUGGUUAUAAAAAUAUCCCAAACUCUUGGAAAUAUGACCGUUAUAUAACAUUAAAUUCUCCUCUUAUGGUAAAUACAGAUAACCAUGGUUUAGUUUAUGGUUUAAUUACAUCCGCCUGUGACUUACUUGGUGCUAAUUUGAAAAAAUGCCCAUCUGAACAAUCUGUAAGAUGGGCAUUUUUUUAUCCUUCAGAAAAGGGACUUCAAUUCAUUAGUGAUCUUCUUCAGAACAAUCAGGUUACGCCCAUUAUUUAUAAGGUUUUUCCAUUUAUGGAACUUCCAAACGCUUAUGAAGCCUUAAAUCAGGGUCAUGUGAGAGAUUUGGAAUUAAAGAAAGCAGAGGUACUUAUUGCAGAUUACAACCUAAUGGUGCCCCACAUAUACAAUUUGCCAAAUUUGAAGUGGAUGCAAGGUACAUGGGCAGGAUUAGAUCACCUUACCCCUGUCAUCAAUAGGCCCCUACCAUUCAUCUUAACAAGAUUUUCUAAUCAGGGGUUUGGGCAAAUGAUGGCUGAAUAUGUCAUCACUCAAAUAACCAUUAUUGAGAGAAAUAUGAUUCAGAUUUUCGCAAAUCAAAAAGAGAGAAUAUGGUUAAAAGAAGGGAAAAUUAAUAAUUAUAGAACAUUCUCAGAUCUCUCCAUUGGUGUAAUGGGAUUAGGACUUAUUGGUGGAUACAUCGGGAGAUGUUUUUCUACACUGGGUGCCAAAAUUCUCGCAUACAGCCGGAAACCUGCUUUAGAUCCGAAGAUGGAUUUCAUUUCACCUAAUUGCUACUACACAACAUCUCAACUCAGCAACUUCCUACAAAACUGUGAUUACAUUAUUAAUACCCUACCAUCGACCCCUGAAACAAAAGGACUUUUAAAUGGAUCAGUGCUACAAGACUGUGCAGCUCGAAAAGCCAUCUUAGUAAAUGUUGGCCGGGGAUCAAUAAUUGACGAGAGUGAUUUAGUGAAUGCGUUAGAGAAAGGUUGGUUGUCCCAUGCUGCAUUGGAUGUUUUCAACAAAGAGCCGUUGCCAACGGAGAGUCCUUUAUGGACGAUGAAGCAGGUGCUGAUUACACCUCAUGUGGCUACCAUAAGUAAAGCAAAUCAAAUUGCAGAACAUUUUAAAGAGAAUUGGAAACUGUACAAUAACAAUCAGCCAUUAACUGCAGUUUAUUCUUUUGCUGUAGGAUAUUAAUUGUAGUGUUUUUGUAGUAAAUUGUAUCCCUGGA